AUGAAAAGAGUUGCAUAAGGCAAAGAAAUUCAAAACAGAUGCAACGAAUUCAACACUUAUGCAUUUUGCUUAUACAACAAAUACUUUAAAAAAUAUGUUAUUUUUAAUGCCACUUUAAUUAAAGAGGGAAGCUUUUACAUGAUUAUGUAAAUAUUCUAAAUUUUAUUGAUUAGCUAUUCCAAUAUCACUUCUUAAAUUAUUCUUAAUAAAUAAUUAGAUAUUAUCAAUGAUGAUAUAUAAUCAUAGCUUUCCUAAAGUCAAUAUACUCUUCUUAUUUCAGGAUUAACUUUAUUAUUAUUGGCGGUUUUCAUAAUUCAUUAUAUAUUCCUUCCAUUAAAAGAUCUUAUGAAAACACUUUAUUUCUACAUUAAAUAAAGAGGAAAUAAUAUCAACAAAGAAAUUUUUAAAUUGUUCAAUACUAAAAUGAAAGUAAAAAGUAACAAUACUUUUUCGGAUUUAAUGCAAGUAUUUUUAAAGUUUGAAGCAAAAAUGAAUCUCAGCUAAUAAAUUAAAAAUAAAGAUUGUAUCUUCUUUGAAUAAAUACAGUAUUAAAAAUAAGCAAAAAAUGAACUUAUAAAUCCACUAGAAGUUAAUUUAAAUAGUAUCACAAAUAAUCCUUUGACUUUUAGCUCGAUUAAAAAUAUAUUUGAUUUAUUAAAACUUAAAUUAUUUAAUUUGUGA